ACUAUUACUUUUUUCCUCCUAGGGAAAGAUAUUACUGCUGAACUAUUGGAGAAUAACUCGGAAGAGACCACUAAGUGCUUCCUGCAAGAGUCGGCGUCAAGUUCUACUUUUGAGUACAACCCUUCCCAUACUGCACCAAUUGGAAGCUGGCCUACACCCAGUAAUUUCACUGAAGCGGAGGCAAUGCAGUAUUGCACACAAUUUGUCAGUAACUCUUCCGCUGGAAAUAUGUGUAAGAGUUACAUUUCGUCGACAUACGUAAAUAAUGCCCUACAGGACUGUGUCACCGACAUUAAGCUUACUGAUGAUAAAAGCUGGGCAGAGGAAACCCUUAGAGACAUCCUCUAUCAUUGUAAGAGUGACCUGAUCUACAAAAGUACGCAGUGGGAGACGGUAGAUGGAGAAUGGCGUCCACCGAUGGACAAAUUUGGAAUCAUUUGUCCCAAUGAUUGUAGUGGACAUGGGACAUGCAGAGAAGGGAUAUGUAACUGUGAUGGCGAGGAAUACGUGGGUUAUGAUUGCUCUAUUCCUGCCAUGAGUCCACCAGAGCUUUAUCACAUCCAGGGAUCUUCUACAAUAGAUCUUGAUGAGGGUCCAGUCAAACAACUGUCAGUGUAUGGUGUAGAUUUCGCUAAGGAAGUGAAAACACCUGGUUAUUAUCUGACCAAGGAAAAUAUUUACUGCCCAUGGGCUAAUAUCACAGGGAGCAGUUUUCGUUUGUCUGUUAGUAACAAUGGAGUCAACACCAGCAGAAACCAACUAAAUCUAGAAGUACUUCACUCGGUUUGUCAACUCUGUUUCUUUAUGGGUGCAGAAAUGGCUUGCCAGAACCGG